AUGGCCACCUCAGAAGCGGCAACAGGUCCAGCAAGCCUGAGAGAAUAUUACAUGUAUCGUGCUCUUCUGGCACGUGGAAAACGCUUCCAGAAAUGGAUGGACGGACCUGAUACUGGUGAAACGGGCGUUUGUCCAUUCCAACCACCAACAGCGAACAUCAGUCUCACCCAGCUGGAAAAGAAUGACCUGGGGGACUGUGAAGAGGCUAUGGAGUACGAAGAGUACCUAUUGGAUCAAUUAAGACAGCCUAUGCAAGAGUUCCGCAAAGAGUACUUUGACUCUCGCUUAAAUGAUACGGUGACCUUUUGGCAAGGCCUGAUCGGCAAAGGUAUUCUUGUCAUUGAGUCAGUAUUUCGAGAACAUGGACCUUUCAUGUCCCAGAUAUCGCAGCGGGCUUACGAGAAAUACUAUGAGAUUAAAACCCUGAGACAUGUGAUGGUCCUCAACAUCGUCAACAUAGAAACACAGCAUUUAAUACUGUACACUCUAGGUUUGAAAAAGGAAUCGCAUCCACGAGCGUGCUAUGAACAUGGAACCUCAGCAUAUCAAGCUUUGAUCGGCACUGAAAUCGGGCGCAUUGUGGUUGCUCUUAUUUUGUCGGCUUUCCCCCGUGGAACAGUCCGGAUUUCCCGAAUAUUCAUAUCGAAUGUUGAUGGUAUGCCGCAGAUGCGGCUUGAUAUCGAGCGAACCUUAGCUCCAGCCAUUAGAAAGUCACUUGCUGAGAAUGGUCUUUCCGAGAAAGACUUGGAGACAGGGUCUGAGUUGAGUGAUCUCCCUGAGGAUCUUUCUGAAGAAGAAUCAAACACAAACAAAAACAAGGGGAAGCAGAAGGCGGGUGGGAAGUCGAAGAGCUAUAAGGCCAAGGUAACAACUACAGGUCCUAAUGUGAAAACACGAUCCAUGACUCGGAAGGAGAAGGAAGCUGCUCAAAAGAAGAUUUAG